AUGAGUACCGCCCAGCUGGAGGAGGAAAAGAGCCUGUUCCAGGAACAGCUCGACAUCGUCAUCUCCUCCCUCCGCGAUGACCCGGGAAACGCAGAGCUCGUCGCCCUCAAGGACGAGCUGGAGACGGGCAUCCAGAUGCUCGACGAGUCCAUCGCCGAGCUCCAGCCCAGGGCCGCCGCCCCGGCACCGCCGAGACAGGCCAGCCCGCCCCCGCCGCCCAAGGAGAAGUGGUCGCGCGAGAACCACCCGGCCUUCAGGAAAGACGCCCCCGCCUCUGCUUCAGAGGAGAAGGAGCAGGAGAGCGCCGCCGCGGCGGCGCCCGCGAGCUACCACGUCAACGACACCGUCCUGGCCAAGUGGCUCUCGGGCGACCGGGGCUUCUACCCGGCGCGCAUCACCUCCGUCACCGGCUCCUCCGCGGCGCCCAUGUACACCGUCAAGUUCAAGAGCUACGACACGGUCGAGACGCUGCGGGCCAGGGACAUCCGGCCCGUCGUGCAGAAGCGCAAGGCCGACGGCACGCCCGUCGGAGCCGGCUCCGGCUCCGCCAUCUCCUCGGCGCCCCAGAGCGGCACUGCCUCCCCCGCGCCCCUGGCACCCACCUCCGGCGACAGCGGCAGCGGCGGCGGCAGCACGAACAACGGCGUCGUCCUGUCGGCCGCCGCGAGCCUGUACCCGGAGGCCCAGCAGCAGCUGGCCGCCCAGCAGGCCGAGAAGGAGGCCCCGCCGCCCAAGAAGUUCAAGAAGAUCAAGGCCAACAAGGAGCUCGAGGCCGGCAAGAACAAGUGGCAGGACUUCAACAACAAGUCCAAGUUUGGCAAGGCGCACAAGAAGGACAGCAUGUUCCGUACGCCCGAGGGCGUUCGCGGUAGAGUUGGAUUCACCGGUUCGGGACAGGCUAUGCGCAAGGACCCCACGCGCAGCCGCCACAUCUACCAGACCAAUGAUGACCAGGACUGA